UUUAUCAAUUAUUUCCUCAUGGAACGUCUGUCGCAUGAUACUUUUGAUUCUGUUUUGCAAGAGAAUAACUUGUAAAAGCCGCAUAUGCAAUGUUGAACUGACGCUGCAGACAGACCAUGUCGAUUUUCAUGCUGCUGAUGAUUGGGCUGCCCUUGACCCCUCUAGCCGAACGUAUUGAUGAUAUGUGUUUCCCGUGUGUGUGUGUUUCAAGCGAUGAACGAGGUUUGUACAAAGUGGACUGUAGAUCCAAGACAAAUCUGGAAGGGAGAUUGCCACAGUUCAGGACAAUUAAUGACAGUCAGAUUAGAUCCCUGAAUAUGUCUGGUACAAGCCUCUUUAAUUUGGAGAAACAAACACAAACACCUUUUGAAAAUUAUCGUAGUUUACAAGAACUUGAUUUGUACAAUACUUCCAUUAAUUUGUUGAAGAACAACAAUGCAACAGUUACUAGUGAGACUUUCAAAGGACUUGAUACUUUGGAAGUUCUCAAUAUCGCGCAUAACGAUUUCCCAGUUACAAGUGAAACUGACAGUAACGUUUUCGUACGUUUAACUUCUCUGAAAAAACUGUUUAUGUAUCAAAUAAAUGUGAUAUCAAGCGGUAAUACUAGUUAUCCAGGGCAGAUCUUGAAAAAUAUUUCAACAUUGGAAGAAGUAUGGAUUGAUGGAUUUUCAGUUGUUCCCUUUGGAACGGAGUUUCAGAAUAUGCCAAACUUAAAAGUCAUUCGAAUAUCAGGGGACUUAAUCAGGCCAAUAUGGCAGUACAAAGAUUACUGUGACAUACAAAUUGUCGAUGAAUCCACAUUUGCAAACUUGUUGUAUGUCAGAAAUUUAUCGAUCCUUAAUUGUGGCGUGACCGCAAUUUUGAGUAACGCCUUUACAAAAAUGGAGCAUCUUCGAAUGUUAGAUUUGUCUAUGAAUUAUGAGUUGGGCUUCGACAAUCUCGACGGUUUGAGUAGUCUUAAUUCAGAACUAGAAGUCCUCAUUUUGGACAGUGUAAAAAACACGAACAAACUAGAAUGUCCGACCCAAAUUAUGAAAUCGACGGUAGAAUUGAUUCAGCAUUUAAAAACUCUAAAAAUGCUGUCAUUAGAUAAUAAUAAGAUAUCAGAAAUCGACAAAGAUGCUUUUGAAAAAACUCCAGCAAUUCUAGAACAUCUACGAGUAAGAAGUAAUAAAUUUGAGCUAGGAUAUUAUAUGCUCUAUGCAUGUCAAAUGAAAAAUUUAAGAAAACUCGAGGCAUCAUUUUCCCACAUGGAUCUCCAGUUCACUAGUUUAAAUGACAACUUAGAGCUUUCCCAUCCUCCAAUACAUCUAUAUUAUAAUAGCACAUUUACUGGGAUAACCCAUAAACAUGUUAAUACUUUAUUUCUUCCAAAGGAGAACACAACACAUGCAGGACAUACCAAUGAUGUAGACUGCCUCAAACGUCCAUUAUACUAUAUUCCACCUGUUGCAAUUACAGCUUUUCUUCCACCAAAACUGGAAUACAUCGAUAUAAGUCACAGUAAAAUAGGAUUUCCAAUAUACGGUUUUUAUAUCGAUUCAGAAAACUCACUUAAAACAGUUAUUGCUUCUAAUUCGCUUUUGUACUGCUGGGCUGGGCCGGUACAUGGCGUACACAAUAUCGAAACUAUUGAUCUCAGUAACAACUUUUGUUCAAAUGUUAAUGAAAAUUUCUUUACCAGCUUUCCAAAACUAAAACGUUUACAUCUCCAACGAAAUUACCUUUACAUUGUUGUUGCAUAUAAGAAGAUUUUUAUGUUAAACAACGAACUUGAAUACAUUGACUUAUCUAUCAACAGAAUCAAUAAAAUCCAUCCAAAACUAUUUACAAAUCAGACCAAAAUGAAAUGGAUAAAUUUAUCAUCGAAUAAUUUAAUGGGCUUUGAUUAUACUAUACCUCAGAUGAAAUCGCUACACGUUUUAAAUCUAUCAGCUAAUCAUAUAAUGACACUCAGUAAAGAAUUGCGUUCUGAUCUUGAAGGAAUUGUGUCAUCCAGAAACAAUAUAAAUUUGACGUUAGACCUUACUGAUAAUGUCUUAACCUGUUCAUGUGACAACCUGGAAGUACUAGAGUGGAUCCUUGAACACACACUUCCAACUUCAAAUUCUUUGAUCGUGAUUAUAUCUAUAUGCUAUUACACUCAUAAUGUCUCUUCGGAGCUUCCUUCACCUGUAUUGAUCAGUGGCAAAGAGGAUUUGUACUUCCAAGUUGCCUUUCUUCAAAAGUUUUGUCUUUCAUACACACCGCUUCUUAUUUCAUUAGUUGUCAUACUCUUUGUCAUCUUUAAUAUCAUCAUUGGGGCUAUCAUACAUCGGUUUAGAUGGAAGAUUAGGUACUGGUAUUAUGUUGGAAACAACAAAGAUGUUAGUUUCAAUGACUACAUAUCUAUCGAAGGUUCGUUACGAUUUCAAAGAUUCAAAUACGAUAUAUACCUGGCGUACGAGGAAGACGCUCGAGAAUUUGUGUUGGAAAUACUAAGACCCAAACUUGCAGAACUGGGAUAUGGUGUGUUUGUACAUGACGACAUACUGGAAGGACUACCGCUUUGCAACGUUCUGACAAAAUCUAUCCAUGCGAGUCGCGUUGUUGUUUUUGUGCUUUCAAGGGGGUCCAGAGAAAGUUUGGAAUGGAAGAUCGCUGCACAUAUGACGAAUGAAGAAUCAAACCACAGAGGAAAACCGAUAUCAUUGGCGAUGUUCUACGAUUCCAACUCAACACGAGGACUCCCGGAGGGUUUACAGCUCAUGAGAAGGGAUGCGUUUAUCGAUUACCCUGCCAACGGUAAUGAAGAUGAAUGUACCGCCUUUUUUGAGGACUUCAAAGAUAAAGUGAAGUUUAUUAUGAAUACCAAAACAGUUAACUCAUAAGUUGUGAUGUUUUCCUUUAAUACCAAAUAAAGUUUCCAUAUGUUGAUCUUGAUAGAAUGUUUGUAAUAUUCAGGAUAGCCCAUAAGAUAUUUUCUGUCGUAAAAUUAGUAAGGUCGAUAUUAAUGUCUACUUGUUAUGAUUGCCUAAGUUGCAUUUAAAAUAUUGAGUUGUGUUACCUGUUUAUAAUUUCGUUUGUAGGAAUACUGUGUAAUAAUGUAAAUUGUACAGAAGCAUAUACUUGAUUUACUUGGAUUGUUUCAACCAGCACUAUCUAUGAAUAACAGGUUUCGUAUGAUGAUAGAGGCGCUGACUUGUUUCAAAACACGCAUGUUUAUUAUUAAACUCGUAAACACAUGACAAUUGUCGCGAUACAAAUACUAAUUGUAAGAGACCUUUUCACAGGUUUUGGAAUGCUUUGAAGAUUGUCAUUAAAUGUUUCAAAUUGAUAAAUGUGAACAACGGAACUUAAGAUUUCCAUAAAAAAAUAUAAUUAGAGAAAGAAAAAAAGUUAUCCACAACUGGGCCCGAACCACUGACCCUUGGGGUAAAGGUCUAGCGCUCAAACACUGACCCUUGGUGUAAAGGUCUAGCGCUUAAACCAUUGACCCUUGGAGUAAAGGUCUAGCGCUUAAACCACUGACCCUUGGAGUAAAGGUUUAGCGCUUAAACCACUUAGCCAUCCGUGCUCACAUUGCACUCGUGUAGUUAAUAUUUUAUAUAAGCGAUCCUCGUAAUGUCACAACAUAUAACUAUAACUUUCUAAAUUAUGCAAUCGUUUCGCGUUUGUAAUGUUUUACAAUUUUUAUGUAUUUUUAUUGUCAAAAGAGGAAUAUAAUGGAUAUUCAA